AUGAACGGCAAGUUCGUUGUUGCUGUCCUGGCUCUUUUCCUGCUUUACGCAGCAGUGGCAGAAGGGAUGAGCCUGUCCCAGACGGCCAGUGAUCAAUCCUGCCAGUGUAUCAGCACAGACUCCAAGUUCAUCCCCCCCAGAAGGAUUCAGGACGUGAAGCUGACCCAGAGUGGCCCUCACUGCCAGAACGUCGAAAUCAUCACUACUCUGAAGGACGGCAGAGAAGUGUGUUUGGAUCCCAAUGCUCCAUGGGUGAAGAUGAUCAUUAAGGCAAUUUUGGACAAAGCUCAAGCCAAUGUUGAAACAAUGUUCUAAGAAAAGCCAAAGAAGAAAAAACCACUGCUGUUCUUCAGUUUCCUCAUGAAGGAAACAUCUCUGUGAAAAUGCUGGCCAGUCUUCGAGCAGCCCAUCUCCUUCUGUGAUCAUGUUUUCCAGCAGACUGCUGCUAGCAGCAUCCAGUUCCUAUUUAUUUAAUUUAUUUAUUUAUUUAUAUAUAUAUAUAUAUAUAUUGAGGAACAUUGUUUUAACAGACUUUUUUGAAAAAAGCUGUUAUCUAUAGACUAUGGCACUUUCUAAAGCUGAGAACACUGAAUAAGGAAAAGUGAUUUGCUGAUGAAAUGAAGACUCGUUGGAAAUGACUUAGGCAGGACACAGUUUCUGGAGUGCAAUGCACUUACGGCACAGCUUUAUUUAUUCUCAGCCAGGCUCUUUUACUAUUACACCACUACAGUGUCGACACUUACCCCUCCUCUGCACAGGCAUGUUGUAACAACUGCACUGUGAGUCAAGGCUAACCUGAGGCUAGCUACUGACUUGGGUUUUGUGGUUUCAGAAAUAAAGCUGCCAAAGUGCUGUUAUUGGGUGGGCAUUAUUUAUUGUGCUAUAUCACAUCGACUAUUGUAUAGCUCUCUCUAUUUAAAAAGUUAAUAUUUGAGUCAAAGAACUCAAACUUUAUUUAUUGACGUUAUUUUGAUUCAUCUGGAUUUGUUUCUAUGAUGCUAAUUCCUUAUGAAGACAGAACAUGUCAAGUUCUUGCUGUGGUGUGUUUGAAGAUUUUAUGUUAAUUAUUUUAUUUAUUUUUGUUCAAUGAAUGGAAAAAUGUCAUGGCUUAUGUUCCAGUUUUCUCAUUUUGGAAUCCCACCAUUUUUACAUUAAAAUGUGUACUUAAAACUAGAUUUAUUUUGUCUGUCUUUGUUGUUGAUGAUCUUGGUCAUCAAAUGAUCAGGGUCCAAAGAAGAACUAGAUAAAUUCAUAAAGGACAGGCCCAUCAAUGGCUAUUAGCCAGGAUGGGCAGGGAUGGUGUCUCUAGCCUCUGUUUGCCAGAAGCUGAGAAUGGUCUUGAGGAUCACU